AUGGAUUCUCUUCUCUCUUUGUUCAUCGUUCUUCUCACUUUAUCUUCCUUCAACCUUUUCUCCUCCUUUGCCUCACAACCCUCUUACAAAGACCACUGUGCUUCCAUAGUUCCAUACUCAAGUCCCACUACCAAACUCACCCUCAACACUUUCCCUCUUGGUGAUCAUUAUGAAGGUUACUACAAAGGAGGUGAUAGCAUCAUUGAUGUUGAGGCUUCUUUGAACCGCUUCUUCUUUAGCCUCUCAAAAAGGAAAACAUUUGCUACUCAAACACCUCAACUUUUCAAAGUUGAAGGCACCAUAUCAUUCAGAAGCACCAACACAUUUAACAAUGAUGGUAGUUCAUAUUAUUAUAUGGGUCAACGUGGUUACCGUAGAGGUUACGUUGCCUUUAAGCUUGAUGGGUUCUGGUCUGAAUCUUCAGGGAAGAUUUGCAUGGUUGGGACAAGUGGUGGCUAUUCAAAAACAGGUAACUAUCUUAAUGUGGAUGUUGUUUUUAAGCUUGAUAAUGUGUUCAAUGCAAGUAAUAUCACUAGUUUGGUUAGUGGAAGGUUGGAGAGUUUGAGUUCUGAAAAGGAUGAGAAUCACUUUGAACCCAUUUCUGUGUUGAUGUUUCCAAAAGCAAAUUAUAAUUAUACCUUGAAUUCCAUAGAAGCUGACAAGGAGUUCUCUUCUUGGGGUGAUUCUGAGAAGGGUUUAGCAUUAAAAUCAGUGAGCUUUUGUUCAUAUCCCCUCUCAAGGGUGAUUAGAAGGCUCCAAUUAGAGUUCUCUCGUGAGUGCAAUUCUUCUAAGAACUGUACUCCUAUUGCUGAGAGUUCUGGUCAACUUCCGUCUUUAAUGUCUUUGGAAGGCAUUGAAUGUUCUCUUACCAACAAGAAGCAUAGGUUGAGGGUUCUGGUGAGGUUUUCCAAUGCUAGUGACUAUUGGAUUAGCCGGAGUUUCAAUCCUAAAACUAUGUUGGUAGGGGAAGGGUGGUGGGAUGAGAAGAAAAACAUGUUGUGCGUAGUGGCUUGCCAUAUCAUGGGCACUGCAUCAUCCUUGGUUGGCACUCAUGUGGGUGAUUGCUCAAUGAGAUUAUGGUUGAGGUUCCCCACAAUAUGGUCAAUCAAAAACACUAGCGCUAUAGUUGGCCAAAUUUGGAGCAACAAGACUGCAAGUGAUUCAGGCUAUUUCAAGAUGAUAACAUUUAGAACUGAUAUGAAUGGUCCGUUGAGAGGUCAAGGCUUAAAGUAUGAGUAUAGCCAAUUAGAAAAAGUUAACCAAUCAUGCCCCAUACACAAGCCUAAUGACCAAGGUAAGAGAUACCCAGAUGCCUAUUCUUAUAACAUGAGAUUUGAUAUGUCAGUUAGAGAGUCCAACAAGAAAGUAGCUUGGGGUUAUUCAGAUCCCAUGGCUGUUGAUGAUCAAUUCAAUGAGUUGGAUCUACCUACAUUUGAUUCUUUCUCAAGUGAGUCAACUGAAGUUCCUGAUUCAACCUUUAACAACAACAAUGGUAGCUUGUUUAACAUUAGCUACAAGAUUAGCAUCUCAGAGAUGUCAUAUUCAAAGUUAGGCGACAGGAAUUCAGUGUUUAAUUUGUCCUCUCCUACAGUGAGGAUCACUGCAGAAGGAAUUUAUGAUGCUGGAUCAGGAAUCUUGUGUAUGAUAGGUUGCCGUGACCUUGUCUCAAAAAAUGAGACACCAAUAGCUCAUUCUGUGGACUGUGAGAUUCUAAUUAAGUUUCAGUUCCCACCAUUAGACACAAAUGAUGGAAGCUACAUUAAGGGAAGCAUUGAAAGCAAACGUAAAGAAUCAGACCUUCUUUAUUUUAAACGUUUACAAAUAUCUGCAGUUGCAUAUUACAGGGAAACAACAAGAGAAAAUGUUUGGAGAAUGGAUAUGGAAAUCAUCAUGGCUUUAAUAUCUACAACUCUAGCAUGUGUUUUUGUGGGAUUGCAACUAUACCAUAUUAAGAGACACCCUAAUGUGCUACCCUUCAUCUCACUUAUUAUGAUGUCUAUUCUUACUUUGGGUCACAUGAUACCCCUUGUUCUAAACUUUGAAGCUCUUCUCACACAAAAUCCUCAAAGCAGGAGCAUAGUACUUGGAAAUGUUAAUUGGCUUGAAGUUAAUGAAAUAAGUGUGAGGGUGAUCACCAUGGUAGCUUUCUUGUUGCAAUUUCGUCUCUUGUAUUUGACUUGGUCGGCAAGAAAGAGCGAUGAAAGCAACAAAGGCGUCUUGGUUGCUGAGAAAAAGGUUACUUAUGUCACUUUACCUUUGUAUGCAAUGGGCUUAUUGAUUGCAUUGUUGUUGAAAUUGAAGAAAGAUGGAGAUAUAAUCACUCCAUCUUACCAACAUCAUUCAUAUUGGCAGAACUUGAAAUCUUAUGGUGGUUUGGUAUUGGAUGGUUUUCUCUUCCCACAAAUCAUUCUAAACCUGUUCUCAAAUAUGAGGGACAGUGUUCUUUCAUGUUCUUUUUACUUUGGAACUACUUUUGUGAGACUAUUGCCACAUGCCUAUGAUCUUUACAGGACUCAUAGUUAUGCUCCCCAAGAUUAUGGAUCAUACUUCUAUGCAGAUCCAAGUGAAGAUUUUUAUUCCACUGCUUGGGAUAUUGUCAUUCCUUUGGGAGGUAUCCUAUUUGCUAUCAUUAUUUUUUUGCAGCAACGUUUUGGUGGCCAAUAUAUUCUGCCUCAAAGAUUCAAAGGGUCUAAGGUAUAUGAAAAGGUGCCUAUGGUCUCUGAAUCAGAAGCAGAAGUGGAGACAUCCAACAUGUAA